UUCAUCAGGACAAACCGUCUCCUCAUCACAGCGCGCUCUUUCGCCUCCCACGGGAACAUUUACUCUUUCUCUAGCGCUGCCAUCGCUCCUCACGCCGAGACAAGCUCAUCAUCCGAUCUGAAAAAUGAAACCGCUCGGGAAUGUCAUAGUUUAUCAAAGUUUACUGACACUUCUGGUUGUGUGCUCAGUCAGAGGUGACUAUUGUGAGGUGAACCAGUGUCUGAAUGGAGGAACCUGUGUGACCGGAGUGGGAGAAGACCCCUUUAUCUGCAUCUGUGCAGAUGGCUUCGCAGGAGACACCUGCAAUCUCACAGAGACAGGCCCCUGCAGCCCUAACCCCUGCCAGAAUGAUGGGACCUGCGAGGUGCUGGCUCCCACCAGACGAGGGGAUGUUUUCAAUGAGUACCUGUGCCGCUGCCAGCCGGGCUUCGAGGGAGCGCACUGCCAGAUCAAUGUGAAUGACUGCGCCACCCAGCCGUGUAAGAACGGAGGGCGCUGCAGGGACCUGGACGGAGACUACACGUGCGAGUGCUCCUCUCCCUAUGUGGGCAAACAGUGCCAGCUACGCUGCAUUUCCUUGCUGGGCAUGGAGGGCGGGGCUAUCGUGGAGUCCCAGAUUUCCGCCUCCUCGGUGCACUACGGCAUCAUGGGACUUCAGCGUUGGGGCCCAGAGUUAGCCCGACUCAACAACCAGGGCAUCGUCAACGCGUGGACCUCAGCUGCUCAUGACCGCAACCCCUGGAUCCAAGCAUGUCCAAACUAUGGCCCGGGGGCCAAAUGCAGCCCUCAGACACAUUUUUCUUGGCCCUCAGACUUCCAGAUCGACAUGCAGAAGACCAUGAGGCUCACGGGGAUCAUCACUCAGGGAGCCAGCCGCUUGGGCGCAGCAGAGUUCAUCAAAGCCUAUAAGAUUGCAUUCAGCUUGGACGGUCAGAGCUACAGCACUUACAAAGCAGAAGGCCAGAGGCGGGAUAAGGUUUUUGUGGGGAACGUGGACAAUGAGAGCACAAAGACCAACCUGUUCGACCCCCCCAUCGUGGCCCAGUACAUUCGCAUCAUCCCAGUGGUGUGCCGGCGAGCCUGCACCCUGCGCAUGGAGCUCGUGGGCUGUGAGCUCAACGUGUAUUGGAACACGGCAGGUUGCUCGGAGCCGUUGGGGAUGAAGUCUCGUCUGAUCUCGGAUAACCAGCUGUCUGCGUCCAGCGCUCACCGCACCUGGGGCAUCGACACGUUCACCUGGCACCCGCAGUACGCCCGCCUCGACAAGCAGGGCAAGACCAACGCCUGGUCACCCGCCAGCAACAACCACUCCGAGUGGCUGCAGGUGGAUCUUGAGAAGACAAAGCGCAUCUCAGGCAUCAUCACACAGGGAGCCAAGGACUUUGGAGUGGUGCAGUUUGUGUCUGUGUUCAAAGUGUCAUACAGCAACGACGGACAGAGCUGGAGAGUUCUAAAGGAUGAGAGGACCGGAGAGGACAAGCUGUUCCGAGGCAAUGUGGACAACAACACUCACAAGAAGAACGUGUUUGAGCCACCGUUUUACGCCCGCUACGUGCGUAUCCUGCCCUGGGAGUGGCACGAGCGCAUCACCCUGCGCAUGGAGCUCCUGGGCUGUGAUGACUAGGCCUGCUCCAGUGCCUCCAACCACAUAAAGCCCUGCCAGCCCCCUCAGGUUUCCUCAGGCCCUUCUCAAGCCCCCUCCAGCUCUCAGCCAGCCUCCUCCAUCUCCCUGAGGCCCUCUCAAGCUCGCUGCUGCCUCCUCUAGCUUCCCUGAGGUCUUCAGCCGCUCAGGCCUCCUCCAGCCUCUCAGGCUUCAGCUCAUCUCCAGCCUCCUCAAGCCAUCCCAGGUCCAUUCACAGGCUCCUUCAAGCUCCUCUCAGGCCUCCUCCAGUCCCUCUCUGGACCCUUCUCAGACCUCAGCUCAACUCCAGUCCCCUCAAACCCUCCCAGGUCUCUUCACAGGCCACUUCAAGCCCCUCUCAGGCCCCCUCAGCCCCCUUCAGACCACACCGCACUACUCCUGUGGUUCUAACUCUUUUGGAUAAGUAGUGGGACUGUAACACCUGUAGCACUUUCGUGUUUUAUAAUAACAUUGAUAUUGCACUCUGCAUUAACAAUGAAGUAUUAGUACAGUUCAUAUUGUUUCUUAGAAAAGAAAGUGGUUGAAUAUUUCUCAUGCCUUUUGUACACUGAUCCAGGUAUUUUGUUCAUGUUUUAAAUAUAAGAGUUGUAAGUUCAGUUGACACUAACAGCACAUAUCUGUAACAUAGGGAAAUAGUGUUAACAGCUUGGGCUGCACUGCACAUGAAAAACACUCUACCUUUUAACAGUUUACAAGCGUUCCAGUGUCCCGGUUAUGAGCCUCAUCCUGGUUAUAGUAUUCUGGAUAUCGCGUUUACACCCGCCCAAAGAAACAGGACACUGUCCCUGUGUAUUAUUAUUAUUAUUAUUAUUAUUAGUGUUUGAGUUGAGUUGUUUUGGUUGGUUUGAGUUGUUUUGGGAAAGUAACUGCUCACUGCCAUGUUUGUUACUUGAGUUGCACGUGCUACAUGAAUACUAUCUGAAUAUCCCAGUGAGAUACUGACAUAUCCAGGAUACUGCAUAACCGGGAUACUCAAGCACAUGUACACACUCCAUGAUUAGUAUUGGAAUAACAAUAUUAUUGAAAAUAUUUUAAUAUACAUUAUUAGUCAAACUGUUCAAAAAUAAAAACGGGGAAACUGAUUAUUUGGUGUGAUUUUGUAGAGCCCUUAUACUACAUCCCACUCAUAAUUUAGACUAACGCGGCCAGUUUUCUAGUUAAAAUAUUUGACACAGUUUUGUCUGAAUCGUGCAGAGGAGUUCCGUUUUCUUCUAAAAUCUGUUUGGGAUUGUUUACAGUAAAUUUGAAGUAUCAGAUAGAAGUGGUUUAAAUGUUUUUAUAUCUUUGUGGAUCUGGAACUGAGAUCAAAUAAACUGUU